AUGAGAGCUGAGGCCGUGAGCUUCAUCUUUGAACAAGUUUUUCUACCUCCAAAACUGCCUCAAGAAUAUCACAACGAAUCAGGCGCUGAUGAUCUUCUCAAAGAGAUCUCACAUGCUGCUCGUGAUUUCUCGCAUGGCUUUCCUGUACCCAGCAAUGAGCGCCACAUCUGGACGCAGCUAUCACGCUCAUUAAUCCAGUGGAUUAAGGUCUAUGACCGGGGUGUUCCGUGCCGCGACGUCAUCACCACUACUCUUGAAAACAUCCGUCAAGACGACGUCUUGCUUUUCUACAUCGAGCCUCAGAAUGCUGCAAUCCUGGUCAGAAACAGACCAAAGGGCGCCGUAUUCGAGUGCUUCGAGGUGCUUGCCAAGACUAGUGCGGUUGUAAAUGCUAAAGACGCGCUGAUUCGACAUUUUCCAACACGCGCGGCCUUCUUGUCGAAAGAGAGACUCGCUGAUAAGUCUUUCAUUAAGGAACUCGGAAAUGCAAUCUACAUGCUGUCUGUUGAGCCAUUGCAGAUGGCUAUGGAAAAAACAAAGAAAGGAGACAACAUUAUGGUUGAGGAGCGCCAAUCCGUCCACCCGAGAGCUGUCAGUGAAUGGCUCUUCAGCAUUUUGGGUGCUUGCGGGAAGGCCGCGUCGAGUGUCGCAAUUUGCAAACGUGUACAUGACGAUGUUUGCUGGAAGAAUGCCCACUUGCCCUGGAGCCGCUCAGGUGUUUGGCUGUCUGCCCGAGUUGCUCUUCAGAUCGCCCUCAUCAACGCAGACCUUGAAGGCGUAGGGAAUUGCCAUUACAAAAACUUCAUGCUAUUCCUUUUGUCUAGGGUAGCAGUUGGUAUUGUCGCCAUCGACUCUAAGCCUGAUGUUCUCCACGUUCUGCGUGUGAAACUAGCCAGACGAAAUGCCAAACUGGGAUCGUCUACCUUUGGCUUUGUCCAAAACAUUGUUGAUUCGACCUUAAACCUCAUCGAAGACAGCAUCCGACGUCAGUGGACAGAAGCCAUCGAGAGAGACACAAUUAUCGUUCCACUUGUGCCUCUCUACCAAGUAUCGGAUCAACUGAUGUUGAAGAACAGUCGCCCUAUUUUGGACAACACUUGGAGCCGCUCUCAGAAAGCCUUUACUUACUCGAUCACCCCUUACACUCCUCCAUCAUCCGCAAGAGUGGCCUUAUCAAAACGAAAACUGCCGCAAGUUUCAACCUUCACAACCACGGAAGACAUCCUCUUUUGUCUUGUCGACUUUGAGCUAUGGGUUGAGGAGUGCCUGAGCAGUUGGUUAGCUGCCAACAUGUCAACCUCAUCUGCAUGUACUUCCCUCGCUCGACUGAUGCAGAAAUAUUAUGCUGUGGCUAAAGGGAAGUACCAGUCACAUGUAGAAAGAGUAUCGCUUAUGCUUCUCACGCUGUUCGAGUUGUGGGUGGCACUGGACACCAUUGCAAGUACCAUAUAUCCGCUCCUCUACGCGUAUCCACCGGAAUUCCCCGUAAAGUUUUUUGAGCCACUUCUUCUCAGGAACAGAACGGAGUUGGAGAGACUUUCCAAAAUCGAACUUCACAUCAGAUCGCGACAGUCACGGUGUACUUUGAACAAUCCUUCUCUCUUCGCCGACCCGUCACCAGAAUGCUUUGCUGUUAGAUUCUAUGACCAAUCUUCUGAUCUACAAAAUUUGCGCGCCCGAGUCGAACAGGAUGCCCACCAAGCGAAGAGAGCCAAGUCCCGCGAGUGGGAACAGAAGAAGAGAGAAUUUGACACACUCAUGAAACAAGUUGAACAAAUGGAAUGUGGCGUCUUCACCCCCCGAGGGGUGGACGAGCAUGGGAAGCCAUAUAUUGGAAGACCCCGGCAUGACAGAUUUUGCCGCAAAUGUGAAAAGGAGAAGAUUGCCAAGAAUAUUAAGAUAUCGAAGCACGAGUGGCCGCUCCCAGAAGACGAGACAAUGUGCAAAGCUGUCAUCUUUGAACUUGCCACGCCCGAGUCGAUUGUCUCAUGGAGGGACGCUACAUUUUUCUUACUCCACGAUGUGGGCAGGGCGAGAAAUACUAUCGGGUCGCCGCCGCAGCCGGUAUUGCUAUCAUACGCGCCACUUGAGAAAUACGCCCAGCGGAAAAAUAGACGUAUCACUCUCGCGUCCUCGGUCAAGCCUGUGAUCCAGUCGCACUACCUCAGAGCGUCAUUGAAUGUUGAUCCAGUCUUCGUCAGCAACGGCCUCCAUCCGAGAAUGAGAGAUACCUCGACUCUGGGUCUUUGGACUGCAGAACAGACUUCGAUCCCUUCGCUGCACCGCUACUGCUAUACUAAGCUCAUUGCUGGUUCGGAUGGAAGUCUCGAUGAAUAUGUCAACCUCACCAGUCAUACGCAGAAUCGGGUCAUCUCACAACAAUCAAGAUGUCCUUCGGAGAUGGGCUCUCAUGAAUAUGUGCUAUUCGGAUCGCUAAGGUCCGGAGAAAGACUACAACUAUUCAAUGUUCUCGGAGCUUUUAUGUCUGCUGAAAUUGACUUCAACUCACCCGCAACGGCUCUGCUGUUUCGUUACGCUAUUUCCCAAGUGGGCACAGCGCGCUGUGCUUCGCCGCUUUAUCUACGUGAAUCUCAGAUUGUGUUGGAGGAUGAACACUUCAGUUGUUCUCUCCUAGAUGCCCUGGAGAGCGCAUUUUUGAAAAUCGAAGUCAACUUCAAAGAAGCAGCAGCUGCGGCAAUAUUGGUUGGAGUGGUUCUCAAGGCUUUAUCAUUGUCAUCGUUCUCCCAAAUUGCGACGCGCUGCAUGAACCUUGUCCUCCAGAUUCGUCAAUCCGCUCUAGGUUGGAUACGCCAGAUGAACAAGCUCUACGCGGAUCACAAGAACGCUCAUGCCGACAACUCUAUUCUCAGAGAUCUAUCGCGUCAGAUCUUGACUGCUUGUAUUCUUUGUCGCCGCACCUAUGGUGUCGACACAGAGGCCCAGCCGUCGAUGUUCUCCGACCACGAUGCUGUGGCGGACUAUGUAGAGGCUUCAGUCCACCUCCAUACACAUCGAAAAUCCCACUCUGACACAAAAGAUCCCAAGAACAAAAUGGAACUUUUGAAUGAUGCGUAUCUUGCGCGGCGAAAUGAGAAGCAUCUCCUAGUCGCUUUUCAGCUCAACGAGUCAGCAAUCACAGAUGGUAUCAAGAGAUUCUGGACAACUGCAGUGCUCACCGACAAGUGGCAGCUUGUACACCGAGAUGAUUCUUCCUGGAUCUCGAAUCGGGCUUCUUCUAAAGUCGUCCACUAUAAUCUUGUGACGGGUAGCCUCCUUGUCUCUGGUCGGGCAAUUUCUCAGCUUCCCGCUCAGUACACAUCUAGCCCUCUUUACCGCUCGAUCUUCGGAGAACUUGACCUCGAUGUCUUUGCCGCUGAUACCGAAGACAUGGAGUAUGUGUCCAAAGAUGAUUUUCACGGCCAUCGAGUUUAUUUUGGCAUGCGUGGCGAUGUUCUUCUUAUUCGUUCGCAGAAUAACGAUGAGACCUUCGAAGCAAUCCAGCGUGACCAUUUUCGAGGAGAUCUUCCGCGAGUAAUUGUUGAGGAUACCACUCCUUGGAUGUCCUUGAGGGACGGCAGAGUGGAAUUUCGUUCUAGGAAGCGACCAUUCCGCUCAGAUGUAUCUGACUGGACUCUCAUCACUGAUGUCAAGUCAGGGUCCAAGAAACGCAUGUAUGCCGACCAGAAGUAUCUGAUAGAUACCCACAGUCAGGUUGGCUCGAUCAUCUGUAACGCCCUACGGCCGAUUGAACAGUCAUAUCACAUCGUCGUCACGUUCUGCAAAAACACGACAAUCGAGAUUGAGCUCCCUCGCUAUCAUUUGCACUUUUUCGUCGAUUUCCAAGGUCGAAUUGUUUGCAAGGAGCUUUCGGCCUUUGUUGAUUCUGACCAGGCACUAGGGACUCUGCAUGGAUUCCGGUCUCGUCUGAUUUUGCGGACUACGAGCAAGCUUCCAGGAUCGAACUUGAGAACCGUUCUUAUUCCACACGGCGAUGUGAGCAUAACAGCAGCACCUCCUCAUAUAUCUGCUCAAGUCCAGUUGGACGAUACUCAUUCUGUGAGUUUUUCGCAAUUCCGGGUUGAUGUCAGACUUGGACAGUUGAUCAGCCAAGAUCUGGAAGCCCAUCUUUACAAGGCAUACCUGCAUGCCAUCACAAGCUUCCCGGAAUCUGAUUCUCUGACUGGCAGAACUGGCACGGAGGAGAGCCUGUUCGCUUUGUCAGAUCAUAUCUGUCGCACCUGCCAACCACUUUCCAAGCGUGCCCAAGCCAUUCUGUCUUUGAUAGCUCAACUCACUCCAGGGCGGAAAUUCUAUCCGCCUCAUCUCAAGACUAUGCAGACUGUCACUUUCGACAAUAUUCUUCCUGUUAUGGCCCAACGCGAUAUCUUCUUUGGAACAGUCCAUAAGAUUAUCGCCCACAACAUGAAAGCAGAUUGGUUGUUUGAUGCCAAUGUGACUGCCAUACCGUACAAGGGAGACUUUGCACUGUUGGAUAGAUCUCACCACCGAACACGCAAGCUUUUCCCAAGCGAAUCUGUGGCAUCAAUGUCUCACUCUGUUAAUGACGAGAAUUAUUGCUCGCGGGAUCAAGAGUUGGAUCGCAACUUCCGCGCGUCAGCUGACAUGGCUUGCCUUGUAGAAUCCUCGCAAUCUGCAUUCAGUGUUGAUACGUCCUGGACGAGCAAGAUACAAACAUGGAAAAAAGUCAGUGGAUUCAGCAAGGGCUUUACAUUCAACUCCUUCUCGAGUCUGUUAGGUCAGGACUUUAGAGACAUCUUUCCCCGCCUAAUGGGUUUUUGCAGAUCAGCCUCUACCUCAAAGGAGAGCCUCAUGUUCGUUCUAUCGCUCUUAGCGUUUGAACAGCCCGCAAUUGGCGAACAGUUAAGGGCACUCCUCGCGUUCGCAAUCUCACCCGCACUCAGGGAUCUCGCGGCUCCCAGACACGAUUCCUACGAUUUGAGAGACGGGCACACACUCCAUCACAAGGAGAUCUUGAUGCUCCUUUCUCAAUGUGAGCAACCAUUUGUCCCCAGCCAAACUUCAGAAGCCGAUGAGGACAGAAUUGCAGAAGAGCGACUACGGUUUCGAAAAGAGCUGGCAGCUCAGCGCGAAUCAAUCCUAGAAGCUUUGCGCAAAGCCUGGCCGUGUGAAACUGUUCAGUUGCCGGCAGAGCAAUCCCUGAAUCACUACAAAGUUUCAGAGCUAGAAGUGCUUCUGGAUGGGAGGGUUGCGGUGUGGCACAAGAAUUACCUCUUCUUGCAACUCUUGGAAGAUUAUGAUCGGAGGCUGGAAGCUUUUAAUACCAGCUGGACUGGCCCGGAUAUUCCUGACACUAUUGUCGACUUUGAGCACACCACCUGUUCUUCGCCUCAAGAUACACAUUUUUCGCUACUUGGCCUCAUGGCCAUGACCCCAAUCACCGUUGAGGACUUUAACGAGAGCGAGCCCACUGGCUUGGACGGCGAUCUUUCGCAAUUGGUAUCUCAAAAGUUGACUCUUCCACUUCUGGAGUCUAACCAAGCUCGUUCUAGCUGGGAGGAUCUAGAAGAUAUUGUUGAAGAUCUGUCCUGUGAUUCUUCCGUAGCGGUCCGCGAGUAUGGGCAGCUAUUGGGAAACAGUAUCGAAGCCAUGAAGUCCCGAUCGGAUCAGGCCCAACCGAAGAUGAAGUUGCCUUCGAGCGAGGUUCUGACUCAAAAGCUCGAAGAGUCUAGAGGUCACAUUGCCUAUGUCUUAGCUCGGACAUGUACGCUUUUACGACCGCGCCUUCCCUCCUAUCGGGGUCUGGUUACCGCUAAAAUUUGGCCCCAGGUUUCUGAGUUAACUUUACUCCAGCUCCUCUCAGCUAAACAUCGAAAGAGAGUUACUGCUUGUUGGAUGCCAGUUCUACUCCAGUUCGCAAGAGAGAUUACAGCCGCUCAGCGAGUGGAAAGAUUACAGAAGUAUCUUGACACCGAGGAUGCGUUCGCUCUCAACAAUGAGCUGGCAAAUCCUGCGCAUUCUGUAUGGUCACCUGAAGAGCGGCCUGACUGGCUGCUACUCGAAUGCCAAAACAACUUUCUUAUUCGCCCAGUCCAGAUUCAGGUGGCAAAAGAGUUGCUCAAGCCGGAAAAUGGGACCGUGUUGUUGGGUAUGGGCGAGGGAAAGACAAGUGUCAUUCUAAAUCUAGUGGUAACGGCACUUGCUCGAGGUUCACAUCUAGUUCGGGUUGUUGUUCUGAAGCCUCUCGCUCAAGAAAUGCUCCGGCUUUUGUCGCGAUCUCUUGCAGGCUUGGUGGGACGAACCCUCUACUAUCUGCCCUUCUCCAGGCAGACCACUCUAACUGCUGAAACACCACAGCGAUUAAUGAGUCUGUAUCAGGAGUGCCGUCAAACCGGAGGAAUCCUUCUUACUCUACCCGAGUAUUUGAACUCGUUUCGUCUUGUGGGAAUCGAUAAGCUGGCACAGGACACACAUGAUAUCGCUACUAAACUCAUCCGUGUUCAGAAGUGGCUCGAUUUUAAUGCUAGAGAUGUCCUCGAUGAAUCUGACGAGUUGUUAAAGCCUGCAUACGAGCUCGUUUACACGAACGGGGAAGCAAACCUCCUUUCGGGAGCGCCGGAUCGCUGGAAUAUCUCGUUAGAGAUCUUGGAUCUAAUUCGGAAAAAAGCGAAGGCACUCUACAUCGAGUUCCCAAAAGCUGUUGAAGUCGAAAUACAAAGCCGGGGCUCGUUCCCUCACGUCAGAGUGCUUAAUGAAGACGGCGCCGCAGCAGUAGCUAACUUAGUUACCAAGGCCAUCGUCGAUGGGCAACUUCCAAGCCUUUCUCUCGGUCACUGCAACCCACACGUGCUUCAGGCCAUCAGCUCAUUCAUACUUAAUGUCGACAUCGAAGCCGCGCAAUUGGAAUUGGUGGCCCGACACUUUCAGAGCUCUGCUAAACUCGAUCUUCUCUACGUCGCUAGAGGAUUGGUUUCCCACCAGAUACUGAGCCACACUCUUCGUAAACGUUGGAAAGUAAAUUAUGGACUGGAUCGGACGCGAACUCUAAGCGCAGUUCCAUAUCGCGCAAAAUCAGUUCCAUCGCCCAGUGCUGAAUUCGCCCAGCCGGAAGCAUCAAUCAUCCUGACCGCGCUCUCGUUUUACUACACGGGCAUCCUUCGCCCAGAUUUGAGGAGAUGUCUCCUUAUUUUGCUCAGAUUGCCAGACCCUGCUGAUGCUUAUGGUAAAUGGGUGAAAUAUUCUGGUCUCCCGGGCAAAUAUAGCAAAGUCAACUCUAUCAACCUGGACGAUGCUUCUUGUGUUGAUAUUCUGUAUGACCAUCUCCGCUACAAUAGUGAGUUGAUAAGUUUCUUCCUACGGCAUGUCGUCUACCCUUCGGAAGCAAAAGAGUUUCGAUACAAAUUAUCCACCUCGGCUUGGGAUUUGUGUCAAAACGUCGGAGUUCUCACGGUGGGCUUCAGUGGAACUUGCGAUAGCAAAAUACCAAUCGUGCAGAAGGAUCUUCCUGAUUUAAGACAUAUCACGGCCUCUACUCUGAGCACGCUGCUACGAUACGAAAAUCGGCAGUACUUCUGUGCUGCGUCACCGUCUGGUCAGCGUCUCACAACUAAGAAGCUGUUGCAACGUAUCACUGCAGACGGACUAGUCGACGUCAUUAUCGACGUCGGUGCUCAAAUGCUAGAGGGAAACAAGGAAAUAGCCCAGUUAUGUUUGCAGAUCAGUCCGAAGAAGAUGGCAACGAUAUUCUUUUCGGACAACGAUGAGAAGAUGGUCUUGAAUCGUGAUGGUUCAACCGAAUCACUUGCAUCAUCCAUCUUUAAAGACGAGCUGAAAAGCUGUCUGAUUUUUCUCGAUCAGUUUCAUACAAGAGGCACAGACUUUCAGCUCCCAGACAACUUUACUGCCGCAGUUCUUUUGGGACCUGGAAUCCUGAAAGAUAAUCUGGCACAAGCUUGUAUGCGGAUGAGGAAACUAGCUGUCUCUCAGCGAGUCAGAUUCUAUGCUCCCCCAGAGGUUGAUCAAGCAAUUCGAAGCAUUACCAAUGAUCCAUCAGGAAAUCUUGACAGCCUACAUGUUGUCCGCUGGGCCAUUAACGAGUCCUGUCUUGCUCUGAAAAAGCAAGAUCCACAGUACAUAACUCGAGGUCUACUGCACUCACGACGGCGACUUGCUGCAGAUCGUCACAUCUCUUCGGAUGGAAAAAUUACGAAUCCCGAGCAGUAUCUGGACACUAUUCGAGAACGAGAGUGCCGCCCUGUGUCUGAGCUGUACUGUGCGAGCGGAGGUCACGGAGCAGAGCUGCCGUUUGAACCAACUUUCAAAGAGUCACAAGAUUCUGUGAUCCAAUGUUUGCGCGCAGAUUUGGAGCGAAUUAAAAUGGUGGAGUUCGAGGACAGUGGAAUCACACAAGAACAAGAGCGGGAAAUAUUGCAUGAAGUUGAAGAAGAGAGGGAGGUACAACGUCCCCGAGAAGUUUUGCCUGCCACCCCUCAACACUGUCAGAGACUAUUGGACUUCAUUCGAAACGGGACACCUCUUACUGGCACCCCUGAGCUUCGUCCGUGCUUCGAGAUCCUGGAGCAGACCCGUCUCGCGCUUUAUUAUCAUCGAGAUUUUCCGGCACAUGUCUUGGUGACCAGAGAUUUCAUGCGAACCGUCCAGAACAAGGACGAUUCUCCUGAAGAUGAUUUCUUGAGACCGGUACAGUGGGUCGUGAAGACAUCAGAAAUAAACCAGCUCAUCAUCAUUAGCCCGCAUGAAGCUGACGUGUUUUUUCAUUCGAUUCGGGAAUCAACGCGGGCUACCAUGCAUAUGUAUCAAGCUCGUACCUCUCGCGGUAUGGUUUCCUUCGACGCAUUGAAUAUAUGCAAGCUUCCAGCGAACAACGCCUCUGGAGAAAUCACACCACAAGCGGUGGCUCUGCUUGGCCUCUUCGCGGGUCAGUUGUACUUCACUUCUUUCGAGCACUACAAGGAAUUUUGUACGCUAACUGGUCUCUUCGAUGGAGAACGUCCCCUACCUCACAAGAGGCAGGUGGCGAACGACAACUUUGUUUCACCUUCCUGUCGGAAAGCGAAUGGGUGGACAGAGUGUACGUUCAAGACAAGCCCGGUCACUUGGAUCAAGGGAUUUAUUGAUAUGCGGCGGGCAGGCAUCGAGUGGACGCAUACUCAUAUGGGACGAGUUCUCAAUGGACAGAUCUUGCGGAGACAGGAUUUCGAAGAAGAAGAUGAGGAGAAAGCCAGGGCACAGGAUAUGGAAGAGUUGAGCCUUGACGGGGAGGAUGCUAAUGAAGAGUCGGAGACUGCAGAGUCAGAAUGA